AAUAACCUAUGUUCGAACGAUAAAGCAGUAUGCGCCAGUAUUCAAAACUGUCGAAUAAAGUUUAAAGGAGGUUUGACGAUUUGUGAUUUCAGGAAUUUUGAAACCUUUAUUUGCUGUCCCAACAAUUUAUUAAAUUCUUUGGAACGUCCAGCUGAUCAAGUCUGUAAAGUAAUCGAACAAGGAUUAUUUGGAGGAAGACCAAACAGUUAUGCAGAGUACCCCCAUAUGGCUAGAAUUAUGUACGAUAAUCCUGAAUCGAGAUGUAGUGGCAGCUUAAUAGAUAAGCGUUUUGUGCUCACUUCUGCGCGUUGCGUAGACGGCAACAUGGCAAAGGCAAUAAAAGUUGUUUUGGGCGUAACAGACUUUAAUGAUCCAACACAGAGAACUCGACAGGAUAUUAAUAUCAAAAAAAUCCAUUUACAUCCAAACUAUGAUGUUUCUCGUAUAUACAAUGAUAUUGCUGUAAUUGAACUGGACGGAGAUGCCGUAUUUAAUCAAAACGUGUACCCGACUUGUCUACACACGGAUCAAACUGAAUUGCGUAAUGGUGCUGAUCUAGUUGAAAUUGGUUGGGGGUUAACUGAAUUUAAAACACAAUCCGAACGUUUGUUAGCGGCUAAUUUGCACUACACACCUUUUCAAUCAUGUAAUAACACUUACGCUAACCUUAAUGAUAAUCGUCUAAAUCGUGGCAUCGUUGAUACACAGCUAUGUGCGUAUUCACCGGGUAGCAAUGCUUGUGCAGCGAACUCUGGCGGUCCGUUACAUAUUGUUCAAGAUAAAAGCACUUAUAAUUAUAGAUUGGCAGUUUUAUUGUUUACCACUACGCUGUGA